AUGAAGCGAACUACAGUAUUGAUCGUCCUGAUCCAAGGUGCAUUGGCACAGAUAAUCAGCACUUGCAAAGACUUUAGCUUCGACGCCGUGACUGAAGUUUUGUCGGCCGAAUGCGUGCCCAGUAACAUGGUUGGCUACGUCACCACGGCUCUGAACCUGAACGACUGUUUCGCGUAUACCGGCGGCCAGAUUUUGGCUCGAACAAAUGGGAACUAUGGCCAGAGUUGCGAGGGCUGCCAUCUUUACAUUGCGCCUGACCCAGUUUAUGGUUAUCCUAAGGAUACAUACUGGAUGAACUGCACCUGCCGUGGCCAGAGCGCCGAGGUGGCUGUUUCUCUCGAGGAUACGGCCGGCUCCCAGUGGGUCACAAAUCAAAAUGGCCAUUUAGUCUGCUAA